AGAGACGCGUGCGCGGAAAAUCUCAUCACUCCCGCUUCCCGUGGCGUGGACCUUUUAAGCAUCCCUGAUUCCCACCCCACCUGCGAGCCCGCCCCACCCUGCUCCACUCCCCUCCCCUGAUCGAGCUGCCCAUCUGCGGUCUCUGCCCUUUCGGUGUCCCGGCGGCUGGGGCCUUCCUGAUCUGUCCCGGCGGCGCGGCUGGCGGCGGGGGUAUGGUGAUUUCGCCGUUCUGGCUGUUGCGUCGGUUCAGUUUUUGCUGAAUUGAGGACUCGGCUGCCUGAUUCUGGCGGCUUCUUGAUCCGUCGCGCGCCGCGGUUGCCAAAAGGCCUUGCCUUUUUCGCUCGCCGCAACGGUUAUCCUGUGCUCGCUCCUCCAAACCCCCCCCCCCUACCCUCGCGAUCACGGGGAAAUAUCGCCGUCGUGGUCCGUCGACGGGUGCGGUCGGUUGCGUCAAGGUCUCGCCUUUUUUGAUGAUGUCUCGCGUUCCGUCUUAGUUGAGCCAUUAAUUAAUCUUCCAAGUCAAUCCCGACGUGUUCUUGACCUGUGCCGUGUCCGGCCCGCCCGUGACGCCUGUGGUUGACGGGCGAAGGGGUCAAGUUUUUUGUUCUCGAUUCUUUGUGCCGCGGCCGCCGGCUCAGCCCAAUGCGAGAGUGAGGGGCUUGAGAGAAGCGGAGGAGCGAACGCGUGAAGCGGCGGCGGUCUUGGUUCGUGCGCGAGCUCGGCGCAUGGUUUGUGGCGCUUGGUGGUGGUAGUGCGCCGCCGCGAUGGGCUGCGUCGCGUCCAAGAACGUCGUCUCGGUGACGCCGGCGGCUGACUUGUCCGGCGAGCUCCGGGACAGGGGCCAGCCGCGCGCGCCGGAGCCCGCGGCAGCGCCGCUGCCGGUGCCGGCGGUGUCCGUGUUGGUGUCCUCCCUGCGCAGCUCGUCGUCUGCGGCGAGGGGGUCGGAGAUGGUCAAGGACGAGGCGGAGGAGCCGGGGAAGGCCGUCGUCGCCGUGGCGGCCGCGUCCCGGAGCUUCCGGCUGCGGAGCCUUCGGAGGAGCCUGGAGGGCGAGCAGGUGGCGGCUGGGUGGCCGCCGUGGCUCAGCGCCGUCGCCGGGGAGGCCAUCCAGGGGUGGAUCCCGCUCAAGGCCGACUCCUUCGAGAAGCUGGGGAAGGUUGGGCAAGGCACAUAUAGCAGUGUAUUCAGGGCACGGGAUCUUAAUAAUGGAAAGAUUGUUGCCCUGAAGAAGGUGCGAUUCGACAAUUUUGAGCCAGAAAGUGUUAGGUUCAUGGCAAGGGAGAUACAGAUAUUAAGAAGGCUUGAUCAUCCAAAUGUCAUGAAACUGGAAGGCUUGAUUACUUCUCGGCUAUCAUGCAGCCUUUAUCUAGUAUUUGAAUACAUGGAGCACGAUCUUGCUGGACUUUGCUCCUCCCCGGACAUCAAUUUCAGCGAAGCACAGCUCAAGUGCUACAUGAACCAGUUACUAUCAGGGCUGGAGCAUUGCCAUUCACAUCGCGUAGUUCAUCGCGAUAUCAAGGGUGCUAAUCUCCUUGUUAAUAAUGAAGGGGUUCUAAAGAUAGCUGAUUUUGGUCUUGCUAAUUACUUCGAUCCCAGCAAAAAUCAUCCUCUGACCAGCCGUGUUGUCACACUGUGGUACCGACCACCUGAACUGCUACUAGGUUCAACUCACUAUGAUGCAGCUGUUGAUUUGUGGAGUGUUGGAUGUGUAUUUGCUGAGAUGUUUCAUGGGAAACCUAUAUUGCAGGGAAGAACCGAGGUGGAACAAUUGCACAAGAUUUUUAAGCUAUGUGGUUCCCCUGCAGAUGAUUAUUGGAAGAAGUCGAAGUUGCCUCAUGCAACAAUAUUUAAACCGCAUCAUCCAUAUACAAGUACUCUUCGAGAUGUUUUUAAAGAGGUACCAGAAAAUGCAUUGAAUUUACUAGAAACUCUUCUCUCCGCGGAGCCCAACAAGCGUGGUACUGCGUCAGGUGCUCUUACAUCUGAGUUUUUCAAGACAAAACCUUAUGCGUGUGAACCUUCAAGCUUGCCUAAGUACACACCCAACAAGGAGAUGGAUGCAAAGUUACGGGAAGAUUUGCGCAGGAGAAAAGCCAGUAGCAGAGUGCAUAUGACAGAAGCAUCAAAGAAGUCAUCAAGGCUCAGCAGAGCAGCAAGAGAAAUUAGUGAAGUCACUAAGCAAACGAAUAGCAAGGAGUCCAAAACUAGUGUAAACGGGAGCAAGGAUGGUGCAGUACAGGAUCGUGCAAAACUGAAUGGUGAUGCUAGGCUGUUUGCGGACAUACAACCAGUUUCAGCGGCCCAAGUUAAAGAAAGGGCUCGGCAUGUUAAGAAUGAAUCACGAGAGGAAAUCCCUUUCUCUGGGCCAUUGAUUGUUUCAUCAUCUAGUGGCUUUGCAUGGGCCAAAAAACCACAAGAGGACCGUUCUUUUGCUAGAUCACGGAACAGAUCUAGUUCAAGAGGCCAAUUCACUUUUGAGGUCAAUCAGGACAAUAAGUUGCAAGCUAAAGAGAACAUUGGCUCGAGGGAACUACCUAACAGAGAUGUACACAUGGCACGUGUCAACUCCAAAGUCCGAGAGUCGCAUGAUUUAGCAAAGCGUGCAGUUCUGAAGAAGUGGUCCCAGUUAGAGCGUCCAGAUUCAUUUGAUUCUUGUGACACUUACCACUCUCAGAACUUUUCGAAUGCGAUAUAUCUUGGGGAUACUCUCUCAUCAAAGAAUAGCUUCAAGGGUGACCAUGACCAAGGAGAGAAGGUUGAAUACUCAGGCCCUUUGUUGUCUCAGUCACACAAGGUUGAUGAACUGUUAGAGAAGCAUGAGCGCCACAUCCGGCAAGUUGUUCGAAAAUCAUGGUUCAGGAGAGGAAGAAAGCAAGACAAGUGAGAGGAAAAGCUUGACCACUUGUGCUCAUCGAAGAAAACGCUGAAACGCAAGCUACAUAGAGGAAGGGGGCCGGGGCAUGUCAGUUUCUAACGAGUAUCUACUGCCAGAGUCCUUAGUCGGCACAUUGGCCUUGACUGCGGCUGACGAUUACGUUGCUGAUUUGGAGGACCUACUGGAAACACCAUUAGUUUAUGAUUCCAUCUCACAGCAAAUCGAGAAACUGUGAUUUAGUCUCUGCUACUAGAUUUCUAACAUGUCGUGUGAUGUUCCCGGAGGACGCCUAUGCCAUAUCCCCAUUUUGCUCUCCAUCUCUCUUGUGCCUAGGAAUAAUUAACACCUGACGAGCUAGUGUGGCUGAUCAAACCAUUUGUGUAGUCGAAACCAAUAACCACCGCAUCAUGGUGCGUGAUCGAUGUAAAGCCCUAUGUAAAAAAGGUAAAUCGAAGAUUUAUUCUUAUCUCUAA